AUGUACCUUAACAAGAAGCUCGCACUAGCUGUGCUCUCGUCUAGCCUUUCCAUGGUACUUGGCCAGCAUGUUCUGGAUCUCAGUGGCGAUGGGUGGACAGUCAGUAACAAGGCGCUAAAUAUCUCAGUGCCAGGUCAUCUUCCCUCCGACGUCCACCUAGAUCUGUGGGCUGCUAAUGUGACCGAUGAUCCAUACUAUGGUCUUAAUGACUUCAAUUUGCGCUGGAUAGCGAACAGCAAUUGGACUUACACAAGCAAACCUCUCCGUGGUUUGUUGGCUGAUUCGAAAUCGUCUUGGCUUGUCUUCAAUGGACUCGACACUUUCACAACGAUUAAAGUCUGUGGAAAUAUCAUAGGCACAACAGACAACAUGUUUCGCCAAUGGACCUUCGAUAUUUCCGAAGCAAUAAAUCGCUGUCAUGGCGAUCCGGUUGUGUCCAUCAACUUUGGGAGCGCGCCGCAGAUUGUCGACGCGAUUGCAGCCGACCCGAAUUCAGAGAAAUGGCCUUCCGGAAUCAUCGGGACGUUUGAGUUUCCGAAUAUGUUUUACAUGCGCAAAGAGCAGUCGGACUUUGGAUGGGAUUGGGGCCCAGCGUUUGCUCCCGCUGGACCGUGGAGAGAUGCCUACCUCGUUCAGUUUGAGCGCGAGAAGAGCGUGUAUGUUCUGAACACAGAUCUGGAUAUCCACAGACAAGGCCAGAUCAAUCAUAUUGCCCCUGACCAAAGCCAGCCUUGGAUCGUGAACGCGAGUAUUGAUUUUAUUGGAUCUCUUCCCAGUAAUCCGUCGAUGACAAUUGAAGUCAGAGAUGUUGAGUCAGGGAAAAUCUUGAGAUCGGAGUCUGUCGACAAGGUCAAUGUAUCGAAAAUGGCUAUCACCGGCAGCAUGGCUAUCGACGCCAAUGUGCCGAACCUGUGGUGGCCCAACGGCCUAGGCAAGCAGAAUUUGUAUUAUGUGACCGUCACAAUCCAUGACAAACAGGAACAGGCAUUGGCCAGCGUGACCAAGCGCACCGGUUUCCGCACAAUUUUUCUCAACCGGUCCAACAUUACAGAUGCGCAGCUCGCCCAGGGUAUCGCGCCGGGUGCGAACUGGCACUUUGAAAUCAAUGGACACGAAUUUUACGCAAAGGGGGCAAACCUGAUCCCACCAGAUGCCUUCUGGCCGCGAGUCACUGAGGCUAAAAUGCAGAGGCUGUUCAGUGCAGUGGUGGCAGCACACCAAAAUAUGCUUCGUGUUUGGGCGUCAGGCGCCUAUAUUCCGGACUUUAUGUAUGACAUCGCCGACGAAAAUGGAGUCUUGCUGUGGAGCGAGUUCGAAUUCAGCGAUGCUCUGUACCCGGUCAACCAGGAGUUCCUGGAUAAUGUCGCUGCUGAGGUCGUAUACAAUGUGAGACGAGUCAACCAUCAUCCUUCUUUGGCUUUAUGGGCUGGUGGAAAUGAAAUCGAGAGCUUGAUGCUCCCCAUCGCCCAGGGAGUCGAUCCUGAAAAUUAUCCAAAAUACGUCGGGCAGUACGAAAAGUUAUUCAUCACCACAAUCCUGCCCCUGGUAUACGAGAAUUCGCGGUCCAUCUCGUACAUGCCCAGCAGUACGAACAAUGGCUAUCUGGAAGUCAAUCUGUCCCUGCCUGUCCCCAUGGUCGAACGCUACUGGAACACAACCCCAGGAUCUUACUACGGCGAUACGGACUACUACAACUACGACAGCAGUGUAGCAUUCGACUUUUGGGGAUAUCCAGUCGGUCGUUUUGCAAACGAAUUCGGCUUCCACAGUAUGCCGAGCCUACAAACAUGGCAGCAAGCAUUGGACCCCGAGGAUCUGCAUUUCAACAGCAGCACUAUUAUGCUCCGGAACCAUCAUUAUCCAGCCGGCGGACUGUUCACAGACAACUUCAAGAACUCAUCCAAAGGAAUGGCAGAGAUGACUUUGGCAGUGGAGCGGUACUACCCGAUCCCCAACAAGGCCGACUCCAUAGCCAACUUUAGCGCUUGGUGCCAUGCAACUCAGCUUUUCCAGGCAGACAUGUACAAAUCUGAGAUCCAGUUCUAUCGUCGUGGAAGUGGCAUGCCGGAGCGGCAACUUGGCUCCCUCUGGUGGCAGCUCGAAGAUAUCUGGCAGGCUCCCACAUGGUCUAGUAUCGAGUAUGAUGGACGAUGGAAAGUCCUCCACUAUGUCGGUCGUGACAUCUAUCAGCCUGUCAUUGUUUCACCCUUCUGGAACAAUUCAAACGGCGAUCUUUCCAUUUAUGUGACUUCUGACCUUUGGGAGACUGCUCGUGGGUCCGUCCGUCUGACUUGGAUGGAUCUAUCCGGUAACCCUAUCUCCGGCAAUGCGGGCACCCCACACGCCCUCGACUUCUCCGUUGGGGCCAUCAAUACCACCCAGAUAUAUUCUAUCAAUAUCAGUGAUCUGUCGCUUUCGGACACAAAGAACGCUAUCCUGAUCAUGUCCCUCACUGCGAGCGGGCGCCUCCCAAAUACUGGGAGCGUGUCCGCUUUCACGCACCGCAACCACUUCACGCCUGCCUUCCCGAGGGAUUUAUCCCUGGUAGAUCCUAAGCUCGAGCUCUCUCAUAAUACCAAGACGGGCAUGUUUACUGUAGAAGCCAAAAAUGCCGUCUCCUUCAACACUUGGCUCGAUUACCCAGCUGGAACGAUAGGAUAUUUCGACGAUAAUGCGUUUGUACUACUUCCUGGAGAAAAGCGCGAACUCCGAUUCAAUGUUCAGAAAGAUGAAUCUGGUGGAGAUUGGAAGAAAGGUGUAACGGUGCGGAGUCUGUGGGAUCAGACAACGAGGGACUGA